UUUUACGAUGGAAUUAUACCAUACCGUACAUGUUUUGUUCUUUUCUUUGAUGUUUUGUUUUCAUGCAGAGAACUAUAUCGCUGCUUUAUCGUUCCCCGGCAAAGACCCUUGUGACAGUGGCUGGCUAAAUUAUCAGACCAUAUGCAUCAAAUAUUUCCCAGAGAAAAGGACUUGGAGUGAAGCCAGAGAAACAUGCCGUGACUAUGAAGGAGAUCUGGUGACUAUACACGAUAGAAAGAAACAGACGUUUGUUUACAAAAAUUUUGCUGUAGACAGAACUCUAUGGAUCGGCCUUAUGAGAAAUGAAGAUAACGUGUUCCAGUGGGUUGAUGGCACAGAGCUUACAUUCACAAACUGGGUCACUAGAGCCCCCGACAAUUUGGAUGAGAAGUGUGGAGAAAUGACGAGUUAUUCCAGUUUUUACGGAAGAUGGAACGACAAUUCGUGCAGAAAACAACAAGCAUUUAUUUGCCAGACAGAAAUAAGGUACAACACCAUCUUCAGACGGUUACCGGGAAAAGAACUUCUUGGUCACGCGAUAAGCCAUCUCAAAGUAAGGAGUGACGUUGAAUGCAUGUUGCGAUGCCAAAGACAUCCCGGAUGUAAAUCGAUAAACUAUGUUCGCAGUAAUUCAGAGUCAGACGAGCAAAGAACAUGCGAGUUAAAUGAACAAGUAAAUGGAGCUUUGUCGGAAAUCCUUCAUGGAAAGGAGGAGUCUUGCCACUUUGUAGUCGUUUAAAGAUUUCUAAGAGGAAAAAGCCAUCAAGAAUACUGUAAACAAAUAUCACGUCAUGAUCUACGUGGCAAGAGAGAGUCACAAUAAUCAAAGUACAUCUAGAGUAGAGUAAUUUUCAAUUAACCAUCGAAAGCAAUUGGGAACUGCAUUCGUAUUGGUUGACUUCGCUCUGUGAUUGGUCGAGAAAACUCGUACCAUUCUCCCAACCAAUUAGAUGCAAAACUUACACCAAUCACCACUUGUUCGCCCACGUUUUCCCGCUCUUUAGGCGGUUUGUUUUAUCUUGCUCUGAGUUCUAAUUGGUUCAUUAGGGCAUUUUCCUUUAUUCCAAUUGGCCGUUGUAAAUACUUUGGUUUUGGUUUUGCGCGCGAAACUUAAAUGAAAGGGCUCUUCGGAUGAAUUUUGGGAGAGUCUGCUUAACCCAUAUCUUAAGGACAAUCGAAGCUUCACUUUCUCAUGAUAAAGUAAUAUAUGACUUACAAAUUUGCAUUUUAUAUACGUGCCGUGCAGAAAAUCGAUAACUAAA